AUAGGACUCUUCAGCUCACUCCUAACCAGACAAUCCAUGAGGCAGCGGGCAUGGCCUCAAAUCCGAGGAGGUCCCCCCGGCGAGAGCGGAAACUAGAAACGGGCCCCGCCUUCCGUUCAAGGAGGACGACGACCGUAGACGCCUCCUCCGAAGAUCACCACCUCGGCAAUCCGGAGGAGGAUAUUGCAAAGUCACAUCAGGAUAAGCCUGGAGGUCUCCGAGUAAACGGAGAACUGGCUCUAUGCGCACAGAACAUGCGUGCUCUGGGGCUGACGCGCGUGGUCGAGCGAUUCGCGGACGAGGUUGCGAGAUACCUGGAACUGCCUGACGAGUUGAAACCGCUGGUACUGGACUUUGGACGAGUUACCGAACCUCCGUCAAAAGACGCAGUCGAACGGACAAGUGCUCUCCGUGCUGUAUAUCAGUGCUUGCGGUCAUAUGAGGCGUUCAACACCAUCGAUAUCAUAUCGAAGACGUUCGAGACCCUAGACCAGCUCGGAGACCGGCUGAAGGAAACGAAAGAGACUUGGCAGUCGUUGCGGGACACGGAUUGGCGGACAUUCGUGCCGGAGGACCUCGACAGUUCUUGUAUCCUCCAUUCAUCAUCACACGAGACAACCGCACGGAGGAUUCAAUGGGCCAGCGCUGGACGCUUGGGAUGGUGGGACGACGAAGACGGGAAUCCGAACUCUUUGCAUGACGAUCUGGAAGAUGUGGUAUACAUGCCGCGCUCGAUUCGGGCAUUCCGACAUAAGCAUACGGGACAAUAUAUUCGCAUCUUCUGCGUGGCGGACGGACAUGGUGGGCGGUGUGCGGCGGCAUGGUUUGCAGAACGGGUCCCUGGUGUGGUGAUGGGCGUGUGUGAUUCGCGGACUUGCUGGGAUUUAUCGCAACCGGCAGAUGAGCAAUAUCUGCGGGAACAGCUCACAAACGCAAUCAUGGGCCUAGACGACGCCUUUUGCGAGAUUCGGAAACAGGAAUACAUGCAUGCACAAACACUCGUCAACCGCGGAAACGGAACCGACUUGCAGAUUUCUGAUGACGGAUGCACGCUCAGCGUCCUCAUCCUCUUCGCAGACAGCCAUCUCGUAACCGCCCACGUUGGCGACUCGCGUAUCGUCAUCGCCAAAGAAUCAACCAGUGACGACGCACCAUGCACCCUCAUCCACACGACAAUGGACCACAGCGUCUCCCAUCCCAUCCGAGCCCAGUACAUCGCGCAACAAGGCGGCGUAUUCCGGAUCAGCAAACGACACCCGGAAGUCAAACUACCCGCUUCAUCCCUCGUUCCCGCAAAUCAGCCACCAUCAUCAGUCCCCCUAUCCCACAUCGACGCCCUCGCCACCGCCCGCGUCUUCCGCCCCCAAUCCUUCAUCAACCCUUACGGCUUCCCCAUCAAACACAUGGGCAUGGGAGACGCGAUGGGCGACGUUGUCAUGAAAGUCGAGCCGAGGCUGUUCAUGGGUCGGGCGGAUGUGGAUGUCGUACGACUUGACCCGGGAUGCGGAUAUGUGGUUGUGAUGGCGACGGAUGGGCUGUGGGCGGUGUUGGGGGAUGCGGCUGGGGCGAAAGCCGCUUCUGUCGAUGUAAGGACGGAGGCGCAGACGAGGCGCGUGGUUGAGGAGUGGCCACGGUUUGCGGAGGGUCGCGAAGCAGCUUCAGCGAUGCGAGCGCUCAAGGAUGACCAGAUGGGUGCUGUGGGUUGCAAAGACGCCGUUGCGGUGAAGUCCUUUGCUCAGGCCCUUUGUGAUCGGCACCAAGGACCGUUGAAAGCCCUGUUUAUCGACGAGGACUCGAAAAACUCCUCCACACGGAAACUGUGGGACGAUAUCGCGGUCGUGGUCAUUUCCAUCGAACCUGCUGAAGCCGCCUCCCAGUCUCAACCCACUACAUCCACCGAAAGUACCAAUGCACUGCCCUCCCAACCGGGAGGAGACACGGUUACAGUCGUUAUCCCUCAACGCGCUGCCUCGAGCGCCAACGCUCGACCUGAGUCGAGUGUUGCAGACCGUAUCAUGGCGAGACGGCGAUAGGGAGCAGAUUGGAGAUUUGUAAAUCGUAUAGAUCUUUUUGGACCUAUUUUCUCAUAGCAGAUGUGUAUUGGUGUGGAUGUUACAUAUGUAUGUACAGUGAGGGAAUCCUUUCAAACCCGUGUCUCACUCGACACGUUCCCAAUACAAACAAACGCCCAACCGCACGGCAUUCCCAAAAAGUUCAUUCCCUCACCUCCCCGCUAUCUAAAACUCCCUUGCCUCGAGAACAACCCCGCCAACCCCAUCCCCUUCUCCU